AUGGCUCUCCGCACUGAAAUCGUAAUCUCAAUUCUACUCGCUAUUGUAGUAUCUUGUAAUGUGGAGGCGAGGGAAGGUGGUUUCUUCAAUCCUCCUGUUCCUGUGAAAGAAAGCGCCCCUUACCUGGAUCCCAAAGAGUAUUACCCCACGGGUAGGGAGAACAAGUACAAUAGCUAUUCCGGUGAAGGGCAGGGCAACGGUUACGGAAAUGGUGCGGGUGAAGGUGGCGGCUACAAAGAGGGCGUCAAUGGCUACGGUACAGGCGCUGAAUACACUACACAAAACGGCGGCGGUGCGGGCUACCGCGAAGAAGCUUUUGGCAAUGGCGGCGGCUAUGGCUCGGGCGAGUGGCACGGUUCCAACGGCGGCGGUGGGUAUGGAGAGGGUGGCAAAUACGGCGGUUACAAUACCCAGUUUGGCAACGGUAAUCGCUACGGCACAGGGUAUGGUGCUGGCUUCGGUAAUGGCAACGGAGAAUACGUUCCUAACAACGGUUAUAAUCAGGAAAAUCCUUAG